AUUCGUCCCGGGCGUUAUUCGAUAGGUCAGCCUCUUCUCUACAGAACACCGACACGAGGAAGAUACUUAGCGGCGGGUGAGGUGACUGGAGGCUGGAGCUUUCCAGAGCAGCCAAUAAGGAAGAGGAUUACACGAGACUUCCUGACGGCAGAAAGUAAAUAGUGCGGUUGUGAAAGUCUGCUGAUAGUCUGGAUCCUUCCUGCAGUCUGCACUGCUAGUCAAAACCCUGCCACUGAAAAUGACUGACCCCAAUGAAGGCUAUAUUGUGAUUAUUGGCAGUGGUCUUAUUGGUCGGAGCUGGGCCAUGGUGUUUGCUAGUGGAGGCUUUCGAGUAAGACUGUACGAUAUUGAAAAAGAACAAGUCGCUGCUGCCCGGGAGGAUAUAAGGAAGCAAAUGGAUGAACUCACAAAAUCAGGGAUGCUGAGAGGAAGUCUGAACGCUGACCAACAAAUCUCUCUUAUAAGUGGCAGCAGUGACUUGAAGACGGCUUUAGAGGGAGCUAUAUUCAUUCAAGAAUGCGUACCUGAGAAUUUGGAAUUAAAGCUGAAGAUUUUUUCUGACCUAGAUGCUCAUGUCAACAAUACUGCCAUUAUAAGCAGCUCAACGUCCUGCCUGUCUCCUACAAAGAUGUUUAAUGGACUUCGGCAUGUCAAGAACUGCAUUGUGGCCCAUCCUGUAAAUCCACCUUAUUACGUUCCCUUGGUUGAAUUGGUUCCCCACCCACAGACGGAUCCUGUCACAGUGGAGAAGACCAUAUCACCUGAUGAAGAAAAUUGUCAGUCUCCUGUGAAAAUUAUAAAAGAAACGGACGGGUUUGUGUUGAAUCGGCUCCAGUAUGCAGUGGUUAGCGAGGCAUGGAGACUUGUUCAGGAUGGAGUGAUAACACCAAGAGACGUGGAUAUCGUCAUGUCAGAGGGUCUUGGGAUGAGAUAUGCUUUUCUUGGACCUUUGGAAACUGCCCACCUUAAUGCGGAAGGGUUCAAGAGUUACUGUGAGCGAUAUGGAGAAGGCAUCCAGCGGGUACUGGCAACUUUUGGACCAGUACCAAAUUUUUCUGGUGAUGUUGCAGCAAAAAUUGACCAGGCGUUGUGGGACGACCAACCUGAUAAAAGUGAUCAGCUGAAGGCGCGGAGGGAAUGGAGAGACGCAUGUCUGAGUCACCUGGCUAAGCUGAAGAAAGAAAUGAAAAAAUGAAUAAAGUGUUUGCAUCAGAUUCAGAGUGUCAUUCGGUGCACCUCAUGCUAAUCCAAGUUUGUUGGCAUCGGCCUACAGUGUAUUUGCCAGAGUUUUGCAGUGUACUGUGUUAGGAACUGUGCACUGAAUAUAUGGGUAAGGAUAGGAGCCUGCAUUUUCAGCUCCUGAAUUUAAUCAUUAUGAAAGUAAUAAAGUUUUGAUAUGAAGAAUUCAUUAUGAA